GGGCCCAAAGGUUCUCUUUUUUGGAAGAUCUCCGUUCGUUUCAAUCUUUGUUCGGACAGCUACAUGCGGAUGAUGAACAUGAACCAACUUCCAUUCUGGAUCCCGAGAUUCACUCCAGGUUCUUCGGUGGUCUCUCCUCUCCAUGAAAAGCCUCAUUACCGGCCACACCAAAUUUAUACCAACAUACAACUCCAACUGACACAGAAAUCCCCUCAGACAAAUCACACUCACACGCACACUCACACUCACACGGUGCAACUGCUACUAGUCAUACUGGACCUAGGCUCAAGCUUAAGUGUGUUGUUGAUCGAGAAGCUAUACCUCCACUACCUAUCCAUACCUAGAUACUACUCGAGUACCUACCUGGAAGGUAUACCUUAUGACGAUCACGUGCUAGGUCUGCAUGGAAGAUGCAGGUGUUUUCCUCUUACAAAGUGUCAGUACUCCGUACGGUAGCUACGGGGUAUCCAAAGCUGGAAAGGCCGGGUCCAUUUGUCGCAUUACGGAGCACUUCUACUUUCAUGCUUUCGUCAACCCUGCCCAAAGCGUGUGCUUCCCCAGAAGACUGAGUGUCUUGGGCACGAAGCAAUAUAACUCAAGGCCUGCAAUAUAGGUCAAGUGUGCUCCGUGCCGGCCAUAUGGCCCAUAUAAAAGUACACAAUACUCGGUACCCCUAUCCGUUUGAUGCCAAAGUAUGUACGUAGUACCGAGUACUCAUAACUUAGGAGUAUCAAAAUGCUUACCUAUGAAAAUCUUCCUGGUGGCUCAGUAGAAGCUUGCUGGGUGCACGAGCAGUCCUUCCCAGUGGCUUCUUCAUCUUAUUUGCUGGUUGGAUAACUUUUAGACGCUGCGCAUCGCGCAUCAUAACCUAGACAAGCCCCUGACCCCGUCGUCACCAUCUGUUCGAGUAACAGGCCAGCCACAAUUUAUAAUUUAACGUCGGCUCAACCUCAACCUCUUCUGUUCUCUUCCCCUCUCUGUGCUCUUUUCCUGCCACCGACAACCAACAAUCACCACUAACAAACUGCCUUGCCCACCUGAACACUCGCAUCUACACUAGAGCAAGCUUUCACAUCUAAAACAGCUUCUUCUCUCUCCUUGGCGCAAUCCUUCCUGCUUGCGCCGAACCUCACAACUCUUUGAUAUUGCGCCAUUUGAUUCUCAAACUCACCCCCAACAUCCUUCGACAUGCCUCGCGAACUCAGAAAACGUAAGGCGCCUGAGGAGCCAGUUGUAACUGCUCCUGCAGCGAAGAAGAAGGGACCUGUUGCCAAAGUGGUUGCCAAGGUCAAGGAGACAGUCGCGCCAAAGGCUGCUGCCGCGUCAAAGGUUGAAGUUGGCGCAACUAUUGAUCUUGAAGGGUUCGGAGGUGAGAUUGAGACUCAGGAAGGAGCCAAGGUCACGCUUAAGCAACUCGUUGAUGAGAGUAAAUCCGGAGUUGUCCUGUUUACAUACCCAAAAGCCUCUACCCCUGGAUGUAAGUAUGCGACUUGAUUCACGAAUCUCACCAUCCUAGAUUUCACUCACUAAUCUGAACAGGUACAAAACAAGCUUGCGAAUUCCGUGACAAAUACACACCACUCACUGCCACUGGAUUCUCCAUCUUCGGUCUCUCCAAGGAUUCACCAAAAGCAAACACUACAUUCAAGGAGAAGCAAAAGCUUCCAUACCCACUUCUUUGUGAUCCCAGCGCAACCCUUAUCUCGGCAAUUGGUCUGAAGAAAGCUCCCGCUGGCACUACCCGAGGUGUUUUUGUAGUCGACAAAUCUGGAAAGGUCUUGGCAGCCCAAGCUGGAUCUCCAUCUGGUACUGUUGAAGUCGUUGAGAAGCUCGUCGCUGAAGGAUCGUCUGAGCCAGUUGAGGCCAAAGAUGAAGUCGCUACUAAUGGUACUAACGGAGCCACCAAGGAGGAUGAGGCAAAGGCUGAGGUUGCUGCUCAGGUAGCUGAUACCGCGGAGAAGUUGGAUGGUAACGAGGGAAAAAUCGUCGCCGCUUGAGAUCUUCUCUCGUUGAGUGCGAGGAGAAUUAGGAAUCUUUAAUUUAUCUAUAGGCGGGCUUCUUCACAGGACCUUUGAUGUCGUUCGCUGGUACACAAAAUGGACCCUGAUACUGGAUGAGCGCGUUAAUGGAUGUGGAUAUGUACUUUAUUAAGGCUAGGAUCAAUUGAGCUUGCUUUCUAUUUCCAAUCAAUCUUUGAAUGUGACCUUUUCAAAACUGUAUCCUAAAAUCAGC